AUGUCCUCUGAAUCUGCCCCACCUACCAGUACUACUGCCAUCAUCCCUCAGGGUACCGAACCAGCUGUGCCCGCGCCCUCGUCCCGGGAAGGAAUCGUCAAAAAACUCGAGAAGAAGGGAGCUCGGUUUGGACUCGAGUACGACAUGUUCCGAUCUGUACAAGCGAUCAUUGAUGCUGGCCGUGCUCGCGAUCCCGAGGCUCCAUCUAGCGUAUACACAUCUUGGGAGCAGAAGCUUCACAAGCUCUAUGACAGUCUGACUGCCAUUGCCCCCGAACUGCGCGACGAGCUAACAAUUCGUGGACCUACUGGUUCGCCAGAGGUCGCCGAGAUGAUCGAACGUGGGCGCACCCGCGAUCGGAACAACAUCGUCAACACCUGCCAGCUCCUCUGUCCUGUGAUGUACGACUACGGCGAUGCACGAGUUCGUGUGGCACUUCUCGAAUACCAUGCCGAUUAUCCGCAAGGCGCAGACGACUACCCGGCUUUUCUGUGGCGUGACAACACCGCAGACAAGACGAAUUUCUUCAGAGGCUUUUGCGAAGGGUUGCUGAUUUGUAAGGGACUGCAACAUAUCCUUGUCGCCCCGUCUGUUGCUAAGUCGAACGACGGUGUCACAUCGCGCUCGAACCGUAAGGGCCGCGCUCGGAUCCAUGGCAUCCGCACUGUCACCCCUGCAAUGAUUGCCUACAUCGCGUGCAUUGUUCAUUUCUCUCUUUCGUCACAGGUCACAUUCGGCGCCGGCUCCGAAGACGAACGAGGCAAGUUUUGGUACGAAGGAUUCUAUAAUUCCCUUAUACGAACUAUCGAAGACGUCAUGCCCGAGGAGCUCAGGACGGCACUUCUCUCAUUCCAUUCGAUCCGGGUCUUGUCUGCAAUCCAAGCAGAUGCGGCUACUUCUGGUACACGUCGUAUCAACAGUGUCGCGCACCACAUGGCCCUUGCUCAAGCCUCGACAUCGUCGGAUGUGCCUUCGGUCUGA